AAACUUAAUAUGUAUUUGAAAAUAUAUCAAAAAUAAUUAGUUAGUCAAAAUUCUAAAUUGUAAAAUAACAUCAUAUUUUUCGACAUUUUCUUAAAAUGAAUUUAUCCGCAACAAAAAAAUUAAUACAAGUUUCGGAAGAAAUGCAAAAACCAGUCUUUGUUCCAAUUGUUUUGGGGAAUGAGUGUUUUAUUAUAAGCCAACAAGACGUUCGAAAGAUUGAAGAUUCACGUUUUAUAUCGUACCAUAAACUUGGACCUAAUGGAGAACUUAUUCCAGUUGAAUCAAUGUUUGGACAAGAAGGGGCGUUGAAGGAUGCUCUGGCUACUGCAUGCAAUUUUCAAAAUCAAGCACAAUAUGGCAAUCAGCAACUCCAUGAAAUGCUUGCAACAUGUAACGGACCAAAGCAGGAACCCAGUAAGCCGAUAAAAGCAUCAAUUGCCCAGCAAAUGGAAUGGGCCAAUGUAUGUAAUAAUACAUCGCCUGCAUUUCCGUUUACCAAUUCGGCUUCCACAUCAAUGAGUGAUAUGCCUAAGUAUCGAAGCCUUAAAUGUUCUUGCAAUAAAGCUUGUUGCUGUUCGUGUUCUACAACAAAAUAUAUAAAAGAUCAAGGUAGCAACACUACGGAGAAUGAAGACAGCGCAGGACAAAUUGAAGGAACACUCAGUGCUAGACAAAUGCUGAAAAUUCGCAAGUCACUUGAAGAUACAAUGGGAAUAUAGAAGGUUUCAACAGACAAACAGAAGUACAAAAAAAUUAUUUAUUUAUUUCCUCUAUUGAUGAAUACAAAUCUUUUAAAAUAACCUUCAUAUCUUCAA